GCAAAUCCAGUCGCAAACAGGCUGCACGGUGUUUGUAUCAUGACAGCUGAGUAGUUUACUGAAGGCUUGUUAAAAGCGGUUCUUCCUGACGAGGUGAUCUGUAGUGAGUGAUCUCCGCAGGCUUGGGAUGUUGAUGGUUCGCUAACUAUAUUUUUGUGAUCAGUAGCUUUUAUUUUUUAUCUGCAUCAAACCGCAAACAUUACAGAACUAGGUGCCUACACAGCUUCUUUGCCAGCUGGAAGGACAUGAUAUUGGAGUGACCAUACUUUAAAAAAAAUAAAGAUGGCAUCAAGCAAAGGCCAAGACCCCACUAUUAAACAGCGGAGGCAUAGCAUAGACAUUCCUCCUACUUUGUGUAUUGGUGGCACUUCUCUGAGAAUAGUGAUAUUCGGCAGCUCUGGUUCUCAUCAGUUCUCUCUCACUGAGUCGAUUCUGCAUAGAGCUGUCUUUGAUGGUGCUGAUCUAAAUGCUACGCUAACUACGAAAACAUCAGGACACGUCCUGGAGAGAAAUGUGACACUGGUCAACACCCCAAAUCUGAACAAUCACAGCUUUGCACAAGAAACGCUUAAAAAGGAGUUCAAGAAGUCCAUCUGUUUCUCCUGCCCUGGGCCACAUGCUGUCCUCUUCAUUUUAAAUCCCGUAGAUGUGCCACCAGAUCCCUAUGGUGUUUUCAGGCCGGUGGUACAAUACUUUGGAGAAAGUAUCCUGAACCACGCCAUGGUUGUUCUGUAUAAUGAGGGGGAGCUGGAGGACAGUGAGACUAAGAUUGAGGAAUUGAAGGAGCUUAUCCAGAAGUGUGGUCAAAGGUGCUUCAUCUUCAGUGGAGAGAAGAAUAAUGAAGAGGACAGCAUGACAGGACAACUCUUUCAAAAGAUUGACCAGAUGGUUUUAGUGCAUAACAUCUAUUCUAACCCAGAAUUCGAAGAUGCAGAUAAGAGAAUUAAUAAAGAGGAAAAAUUCCUUGAGAAGGAGAGAGAGAAGGAAGUCAAGAAAAUGCUUGAGGCUCUCAAGAGAAACCAUUCAGGAGAAGAUUAUGACAGAAAAGUGAAACUCUAUCAAGAAAAGAUGCGUUUAGAGAACAGGGAGCGGGCAGAGAUGCUGAUAGCAGACAGGCUUGGCUUUACUCUUAGACUGGUUGAUUAUGCAGCAGCCAUAGGAAAAGGGGCAUUUGUAGGUGCAGUGUUGGGCACAGUGAUGGGGCCUCAGGGUAUGGCUGUAGGAGCAACAGUUGGCGCAGCUCUUGGCGGAGUACUUGGAGGAGCUGCUGGAGCAGCAUGGAACUACUUUACUGGUGUUUUCACAGAUGUCCGUUGAGAUUUCACGUAAAGGGCACUUCAAAAUAAGUGUUUUUCAGCUGAUGGGCCAAGAGUGCGGUCAUUUAAUUUUCUUUAUUUCAUUCUGUAGUGAUGCACUUGAAAGCUGUGCUGAAAGAUUAUUUUGUUAAAAUUUAAAGAUGUAGCCUUACUGAAUCCAGAGAAAACACUAAAAUAUGGUGGCUCCUGGAAUCAACCUAUAAAGCCUGAAAUAAUAAUAUAAAAGUCAGAGGUGUGGGAUUCGAUUUGGUGGAGGUUUUUUCAGGCCAUGUCAUACGUCUUUACAUAUUAACGUCACAUUCAUGCUGAUGAAGAUACUGUAUGAUUACAGUAGUAGAGUAACACAUAAUUCUUCCUAUUCAUCAAGUCCUGAGGGAGUCCUUUUUAAAUGCACUUUAAUGUACUCACAAACAUCAGAUUCACCGUGUUGGGAAAGGGGUCUGAAGCACAGUUUGUUCAAAUAUAUUAUGCUCGGAUGUGUCACGUGACCUAGGAGCGAUAUGGCUGUGUAGAGAUCUGCUCCGCUCUAUCCUUAUCUACUUUAGUGUGCCUUUUUUCUUUUUUUUUUUCGUUUUAACUGGGUCCGUGAGCAAGGGUAAUAUGUCAGACACUCAGAAUGACAAAGAUUUCCAGAUUUUUGGCUCUACUCGCUCUCAAAAAUCGAAAAAAAAAAGAAAGCCUGCCAGCCGAGCGAGUCCGGUGAAGAAGCUACCAUGCAGUCCAACAUGGCUAAUAUACUGGCGGAGGUCAAAUCAAUCGGCUCCCGCCUAGAUGGUAUCGAAACUCGACUCGAUGGGAUAGCUGGUUCUAUCUCUAGCCUAGAAGCUUCACUUUCAAGUCUGUCUGGUAGAGUUGCAAGGGCUGAGAGUCGCCUGGACGAGGUCGAGCAGUGUGUUUCUACUAGCGAGGACACUGCUAACUCGCUAACGGCACACAUCGCUGCUAUCGACCUAGAAAACCGCGGCCGCCGCAAGAACGUGAGAAUUGUUGGUUUAACGGAGCAGGUGGAAGGCAAUGUCCCUUUGGCUAAGUUUCUACAGGACAUGCUACCCACUUGGUUGGAUUUACCGACACAUACAGGGCCGUUAGAAAUCGAAAGAGCCCACAGAGUUCUCGCCCCUUCAAGAGGCUCCUGAGCCGCUCAGAGCAGUUCACCUAGAACCAUCCUCGUGAGAAAACACUUAAACAUCCCAUCUGAUGUAUCUUUAUGGUCCCCAUUAGCCCUUAAUCCUGAUCUUCCUCCACAGAUUAGAAACAUUGGCUCCUUGUGUUGGAGAUCAAGAGGAAUAAUAAACUUCUCACAGCUAGUCACAAAAGACAUAUUUAAACAAUUUGAAGGAAUAAAAAACAUUUUGAAAUACCGAAUAAAGAGUUUUAGAAAUUUUUACAAUUAAGACAUUUCUUCGAGUCUCUGAAAAAAGAGGGUAAAAUACGAAUGGAGCUUACAGGCUUAGAGGAACUGUUACUGUCUUCUAACAGCCUCAAAGGCAAGAUUUCAGCCUUUUAUAGACUGUUGUCAAGUACGAGCGUCUCAUCCUAUAACGCAUUGAGGUCCUUAUGGGAGCGUGACCUUACCGUAUCUUUUAGUGAUGAUGAAUGGUGUCGGGUAUGUAAGCAAACAUUUCCUAAAUGCACUUCUGUAGCUCAACAUGAGCAAAAUUUCAAAUUCAUCCAUCGUUUUUACUUAACACCUGUUCGUCUACAUAGGAUGUUUCCCAGCUUGUCCAAUCUAUGUUUUAAAUGUAAAAGUGAAGUUGGCUCGGUCAUGCAUAUGUUUUGGAACUGUGAUAGAGUUCUUAGCUAUUGGAAGGAAGUUUACUCUGUCAUACAGAAGGUGUUCGAACUAGAUUUUGAAUUGUCACCUUGUAUCUACCUGUUGAACUUAUACCCUAAUAGGUUGAACACUGAUAUUGUUUAUGCAUUGAACACACUUCUGUACUUGGCUAAAAAAUGCAUUCUAUUGCUGUGGUCUAAAUCUGAGAUACCUUCAGUCAGGAUGUGGUUUACACAGAUAACUAAGUUUUUACCUUUGGAGAAACUAACAUUUGAUCUGCACCAUAACUCAGGAAAAUUUUGGAAGAUAUGGUCUCCUUUGUACGUAUAUUUGGAAAUCUAAGCAUACUCAAUCCAUGACUUAUUUACUUGCCUCUAACGUUCCCUUGUUUGUAAUUCUAUAUGCCCUGCUCAGUUGCUUUAUAUGUCAUAAACUGCAUGGAGUGUGGCGUGAUAUGUAUUAUUUAUUUUUUUAUUGUUAUUUACUUUUAUUUAUUUAUUUUUCUUCUUAUUCUAUUUUAUACAUGCAUCCCUGGAAAAUUCCAAUAAAAAGAUAAUAAAUUUAAAAUAUAUAUAUAAUAUAUAUAUUAUGCUCAAAUUUGCACACCAAAGGUUUGCUCUAUAAAACAUGCAAAAUAGGUAACUACGGGUAAGCAGAAAAAUCUAAAAAUGGAUUGGGGAAAGUAUUGCAGGCAUCAGACAAGUCUAGCAAAGAUAUACUGUGUAUUUAUUCCAUUAAACAGAGUACAGAAAUCUGGACACAAACCAAGCAAACAUUUCAGCUUCUUGCUGUAAUCAGUGCUAAUGAAACAAUUCUCUCAACCUACUCCUUUUGAAGACCCCCAAAAAAAUUGACCACACCUGUGUAGGUUCUGCUAGGGCCCCGCCAUUUCUGGUCAUGGAGGGCCAGUGUCCAGCACAGUUUGAUAAUUUAUCUGCUCCAACACACCUGAGUACAGCCAUCUGUUAAUUGCCAGAUUUAGUGGGUGUGUUUGAGCGGGGAAACCUCCAAACUGUGCUGGACACCAGCCCUCUAGGACCAGAGUUGUACAACAGCUAGAUGACAGUCAGUUUCAAAGAUAAAAAAAAAACAUAUAAACAAACAUAGCCUCUGUUUUAUAAAAACAAGAUUAACAUCCUCAUUCAUACCA